AUGUCCAAAAUAGACUACAGCGUAUGGGACCACAUUGAAGUGUCGGACGAUGAAGAUGACACCCACCCAAACAUUGACACACCGAGCCUCUUCAGGUGGAGACACCAGGCCCGUGUGGAGCGAAUGGAAGAAUUCCAGAAGAAAACACAAGACUUAAACAAGGGACUCUCAGAGUGCCGGCGUAAGGUGACAGAAGUGCAGAAGAAAAUCCAGGAGCUGAAUCUGUCGGGGACGGACGACAAUAAGGCCGACCUGUGCAAAGCGCAGGCAGAGGAGAAGAAACUGAAGAAGGAGCAGCGCGACUGGGAGAGGAAGCUUGAAGAUCACUGCCGCGACGAAAAGAAGAUGCCGUGGAAUGUGGAUACACUCAGCAAAGAAGGCUUCAGCAAGAGCGUUGUCAAUGUCAAACCUGAUGUGGUGGAAGAAUCCGAAGAGGACAAAGAGAAGAAGCAUAAGACCUUUGUGGAAAAAAAUGAGAAGCAAAUCAAGCACUUUGGCAUGCUGCGGCGCUGGGUUGACAGCCAGAAGUACUUGUCUGACAACCCUCACUUGGUGUGCGAGGAGACCGCCAACUACCUGGUCAUUAUGUGCAUUGACCUUGAAGUAGAGGAGAAACAUGCACUGAUGGAGCAAGUGGCCCACCAGACCAUCGUCAUGCAGUUUAUUCUGGAGUUAGCAAAAAGCCUCAAGGUGGACCCCCGAGGAUGCUUUCGUCAGUUUUUUGCCAAGAUCAAGACGUCAGAUCAACAGUAUCAGGAUGCUUUCAAUGACGAGCUGGAGUCCUUCAAAGAACGCGUGCGCGGCAGGGCUAAGAUCCGAAUUGAGAAAGCCAUGAAGGAGUACGAAGAAGAGGAGAGACAGAAGCGUUUAGGACCAGGAGGACUCGAUCCUGUUGACGUUUAUGAGAGUCUACCACUGGAGAUGCAGAAAUGCUUUGACGAAAAGGACAUCCAAAUGUUACAAGACGUGAUUAGCAAGAUGGAUCCGACGGAGGCCAAGGAGCACAUGAGGCGUUGCAUCGAGUCCGGACUUUGGGUGCCCAACUCCAAGCCGGGCGACGGGGACGAUAAAGAGGAGGAGGCCAUCUAUGAGGACACCAAAGAAGAGCUGGAAGAAGCCAAGAAGGACUGA